UGUCAAACACGCCUCGGGUUCCCUGAAAGACCGCGUUGAGGGCUAAACACAUACCGAACAAAACAGAGGCCACGUGACCUCGCGUGUCAUAUGACCCGCACAAAGCUGAUCAUGUGACUCAGCCUUACAGGUCCACAUUUUUCACAGUCACCCCGCAGCUGAGCGGGUGAACGACGUCUCUCUGACCCAGGGCUGAUAUUUCUCCUGUUGCCAUGAAAACGACAGCGAGCGCGAGGCUGUGGAUGGAGACUCUGGGCUUCCUGUUGCUGUGGGCCUGCCUCCACUCUGCACAGUCGCGGGGCUGCUCGUCGUUUUUCUGCCGCAAAUCGCACCGUGUCAGCGGCCUGAAUGGGGUCGACCCGGGCUCUGCUCUCUUUCUCACUCCUUACCUGGAGAAGGGCGCCAUAGAUGAAGCCAGGAAACUGAGUCUGGUAGGAGAGCUGCCAGGCGCCAACGUCAAGAGCCAUGCCGGGUACCUCACAGUCAACAAGAGAUACAACAGCAACCUCUUCUUCUGGUUCUUCCCCGCGCUCAUGGCCAGCCAGGAUAAAGCUCCGGUCCUCCUCUGGCUGCAAGGCGGGCCCGGCGGCACCUCCAUGUUUGGCCUCUUUGUGGAACAUGGACCAUAUGUGGUGUAUAAGAACCUGACUGUUGGUUUUAGGGACUACGCUUGGACAUCGAGAUAUUCGGUUCUGUACAUCGACAACCCAGUUGGAACUGGUUUCAGCUUCACAGAUGAUGAUGGAGGCUUUGCUCAGAACCAGGAUGAUGUUGGCAGAGAUCUGUACAAUGCUUUGCUACAGUUCUUCCAGAUCUUUCCUGAGUAUCAGUCCAAUGAGUUCUACGCAACUGGCGAGUCUUAUGCAGGGAAGUAUGUUCCUGCCAUUUCUUACUACAUCCAUAAAAACAACCCCACUGCCAAAGUGAAGAUUAACCUCAAAGGGAUGGCUAUUGGUGAUGGGCUCUGUGAUCCAGAAAUGAUGCUGGGUGGUUACGCUGAGUUCAUGUACCAAACAGGCAUGAUCGAUGAACUCCAAAGACAGUAUGUCAUCCAGCAGACAGACUUUGGGGUUAAACUCAUCCAGCAGCAGAAGUGGGUGGAGGCUUUUCAGGUUUUUGAUAGCUUGCUGAAUGGUGACGUGGAACCAUAUCCCUCCUUCUUCCAAAAUGCGACAGGCUGCACCAACUACUACAACUACAUGACAUGUCAGGAACCUGAAGACCAGCAGUACUUUUCCCAGUUUGUGACUCUGCCGGCGGUGCGACGCGCCAUCCACGUGGGGAACCUGACGUUCCACGACGGCUCGGAGGUGGAGAAACACCUUCUGCAGGAUGUCAUGAAGAGCAUCAAACCGUGGCUGGGGGUGCUGAUGGACAACUACAGGGUCUUAAUCUACAGUGGUCAGCUGGAUGUAAUUGUAGCAGCACCGCUGACCGAGCGGUUCCUGCCUACUGUCAACUGGACGGGGGCGGCUGAGUACAAAACAACCCCUCGCUUCCACUGGAAGGUUCAGCCCAGCGACUCAGAGGUGGCAGGCUACUUGAGACAAGUGGGAGAGUUUUACCAGGUCAUCAUCCGAGGAGGGGGACACAUUUUGCCUUAUGACCAACCAGCGAGGUCCUUUGACAUGAUUGACAGAUUCCUUUCAACACGGGGCUGGAUAUGAAAUGUUUGGGUGCCGAUCAAACCACCUCCACUUUAGAAAGCACACUGUUGAUUAAUGACUGUUGACUGUAGAUCUGAGCACAUGCAGGUGAUUGAUUUUUUUUUUUUUUUUUUUUUUUUUUUUUUUUAAAAAGCAUUUUAACAGUUUUUGUUAAGGACUGUGGACCGCUCUCUGAUCCACUGCAAAUGAAAAAAGUGGUGCAGGAUCCAGACCUCUAAAUCAUUGCCCAUGUUUCAGAUUAAUUUUUUAAGCAACUCAAAUAGUUUAAAAAAAUUAAGUGGAAAUGAAAUGGCAUGUGGCAUGUUUAUCUCUGUUGGGAUUGUGUGAGGGAAAUGUGUGUUGCAUUCAACCAUUAAAGGACUGAAGCUCAAAUUUAAAGAAAGUACCUUGAAACCAGGCCGCAAUUAUCUUGAAAUAAAAUGGUUUUUUUUCUA